ACUUAGCCUCAGCAAAUGUCUAAAAAGUGAAGUGCCCAGCCAGAAACCAAGCUGAUUCUGUAGGCAGGUCAUCACUGAGUGUUUAUAGAACUCUCUCCAGUCCUUCUAGGCAGGACUUCUCUCCAAGGCCCAGGUCACUAAACCUGUUGCUCAGGGCAUGGCAAACAAUGGAGCAUCCAAGCACUCUCUUUCCACCAAGGCUCUGUGCUUUUCUCUUCUACUGAUCUCUCCGUGGUGCACUCGGACCUCGGAUACACCCUUCCAGAGGACUUACUUGUCCCACAGGCAGGGACUGUCCCUGAGCCCCUGCUCUGCAUCCCUGACCUCACUUCAUGGUUCCUUCACAGAUGCUGCUGCUCUUUGCUAUGGCUUCACUGUUGACAAGUCAGGGUCUGGACCAUGGCAGCACACAGUCCAAGGCCAACUGAAUGGGGAGGUUUUCAUUUACUGUGACAGUAACUACAACUGCCGUGCCAUUGGCCCUCUGGGGAACAGACUGAUGGCCACAAAGACCUGGAAACCACAAGCUGACACUCUGAAAGAUGGAAUUGACCUGUUCAAAGCAGAAAUGACUCGUAUGACUAAUGAAAUCAGAGAGCCCCUCACUCUGGAUGCCAGGAUGUGUUGUUGGCAUGAAGGAGAUGGACUUUUCAAAGCAUCCUGGGACAUUGACCUCGAUGGACACAAAAUGCUGCACUUUGACUCAAGCACUGGGAAACUGACUGAAGUUGGUCCUGGAUCCAGGUGGAUGAAAGAGAUGUGGGAGGAAGACAGGGCUGUGACAGCCUUCUUAAAAGUGACCUCACAGGGGGACUGCAGGGCCUGGCUUCAGGAGAUCAAGCUGCAGUCCUGGCUUCAGGAGAUCAAGUUGCAAAUGGAAAAAAACCUGGAGACUACAGCCUCACCAAAUGGUGUGAAAGUUGUGAACCAGCAGCCUUUGUCACUGGCCAUCAAGCCCAGCAUCUCUGUCCUACUGAUAAUCCUCACCUGCUCCCUCCUGCUUCUUACCUGAGGAGAAUCGUUGGCAAUGAAGGGUGCAGAAGCUCCAGUGAAUGCUGUGACAGUUCGUCUGGUGCAGCCCCUCUCCCUUCUCCUCAGCCUCAACCAGAUGAACCUUGAUGCUGCUGACACGGAUUCCAUGUUCUUUCAUGCUGUGCCAGUCACUCGGGCCCUGUCUUAUCUCCUUGUUCUGUUUCCUUGGUUCUCCCUGGUGGGUUUGCCCUGCAUGGAACAACUUGAACUAGAGAUCUGGAGAAGAAUGUGGUUAUUACCCAUCCCUAGCAUAGGGAAUGGUAUAAACAGAUCUCCUUAGUGAGAGUAUGAAGUUAUUACCCUUGUGUAAAUAACUUCUCAGUAUAGAGGUCAGUGUGAGACAUAUUAGUAAGGCCCUACCAUGCCUAAUGGUAUUUGGCUGUGAGUUAAAUUCUGUUAAGAAUAUUUACUUUUUAAUAGAUAUUUAUUACAACUACACAUGUACUAGGCAGCCUUCUCUAGAACAAAAUAAUAAAUGUAUGUUUUUAUAUGAGUGUAUAUGAUAGAAAUGUAUAUUUCAUCACAUAAAAUGUGACAUGUACUAGGCAGUCCAGCAAUGCACACAUGCAUACUGGACAGCACCUACCUCCACCUCCCCAGAUUCAGGCGUGUGCCGCCACCUCUGCACAAUACUUGGUUUUUUAGCUCUAAUGGUAUGUUAUUAAAGUAUUAGAACUUUAAAAUUUACUAUUUUGCACAAAUUAAUUUGUAAACUACAGUGACAUUAAGUAUACUGACAAUAAUCAAAUAUCUCAGGUAUCACUAAAGGAAACUUAUAACAACUAAGCAUAGGAAACAGGAAUAGAGGACUAGUUGUUUAGUAGAGGUCACUGGCAACUGGAACACAGCCCCAGACCUUAGCACAGCUGACUCCAUGAUGGAAGCAACCUUCAGACUAUAAAGCUCAGCACACAGACAGCACUGCCUGCCAAAACUAAAGCAAAGGCCUAAUCCAUCCAAGUGCAUGGUGAAGGGACAGUCUCUGAAUGCGCUAACCCUACUUUUUAGCUUCUGUACCUCCACUUCUAGCUAAUUGCUCUUGUUAACUAAAGUUUGUCUCCCAACAACAUGGGUUUUUGUGCUUAAAAUCUCUGCCUGUGCAAGGCUCAGUGCUGCACUGGGAUUGUAAACCCCAGUGCAGUUGCUGACCACUAAUAAAGAGUUUCUAUUGACUUAAA